CACAGUUUCAGCACUGCUGCACUGAACGCUGCGUAAGAUCUGAAUUCACUUCUUAAAUCGUUUCACAAUGUCUGAGAAAGAGACAGAGCCGAGCGCUCCAGAAACUAAGCAAAAAGAAGAAAGCAAGGAGAAGAUAGUCGCUAAAGUCAAACGCAUUGAUGCGAUGGGUAUUUUAUGGACUUUUGGGAAAUGCCUGACAGCUUUGUUGCCUAUGUACCUGGCUGGAUAUUACCGUGUGAGCAGCAGUUUGGUUGUGUUUGGAUUAGCGCUCUAUUCAGGAUGGAAACACACACGGGAAGCCAAAGAGGCGCGUCUGAAAUCCGCCAUGCAGUUACUGAACCAGGACUCAGACAGCGAGGACAAAAAUUACAGAGAUCUGCCUGCAUGGGUCAAUUUCCCAGACGUGGAGAAGGUUGAGUGGUUAAAUAAGGUGAUUAAACAGGCAUGGCCUUAUAUUGGUCAGUAUUUGGAGAAGUUGCUAACUGAGACUAUUGCCCCAUCCAUCCGAGGGUCCAGUUCUCACCUGCAGACCCUCAGUUUUACCAAGAUUGACUUUGGUAACAAGCCUAUGAAGGUAGUAGGGGUGAAGGCUCAUACAGAGAAUGACAAGGGACAAGUGCUGCUGGAUGUCUACAUCAGCUACGUGGGGAAUGUGGAGAUCAAUGUGGAAAUAAAGAGGUACUUCUGUAAAGCUGGAGUGAACGGCAUACAGCUCAAUGGGAUGAUGAGAGUUAUUCUGGAGCCUUUGAUUGGCGAUGUGCCCAUUGUGGGGGCGGUCACAAUGUUCUUUAUCCGGAGGCCUAAACUUACCAUUAACUGGACUGGCCUAACUAACCUGUUGGACAUCCCAGGACUGAAUGUAAUGUCUGACACCAUGAUAAUGGAUACCAUUGCCUCCUUCUUGGUUCUGCCUAAUCGCCUCACUGUUCCACUGGUGCCAGAUCUUCCAGUAGCACAGCUCCGCUCCCCUCUGCCCAGGGGUGUGGUUCGUAUUCAUCUGUUAGAGGCUGAUAAUUUGGCUGCAAAGGAUAACUAUGUAAAGGGUGUGAUGGCAGGCAUGUCUGACCCUUAUGCUCUGAUCAGAGUGGGGCCACAGUCCUUCAAGUCCCGCCACAAAGACAACACAGACUGUCCGAAAUGGGGCGAAAUAUAUGAGGUCAUUGUUCAUGAAGUGCCUGGUCAGGAGUUAGAGGUGGAAGUAUAUGACAAAGAUCCAGACAAGGAUGAUUUCCUGGGAAGAAUUACGAUGGAUUUGGGAAUUGUGAGAAAGUGUGGAAUUGUUGAUGAGUGGUUCAAUCUGAAGGAAGCUGACACUGGACGUGUUCACCUCAAACUGGAAUGGCUAACACUUAUUGAAAACACUGAUAACUUAGAGAUGGUUCUAAAGAGAAAUGAAGCCCUGAAAAGUACAACAGCAGAACCACCCUCAGCAGCCAUUUUAGCAGUGUAUUUGGACAAGGCAGAGGCACUUCCUAUGAAGAAGGGCAAUAAGGAUCCCAGUCCCGUGGUGCAGCUCUCUGUGCGGGAUACAAAGCGAGAAAGCCGAACCUCGUGGAACACAGUCAAUCCAGUGUGGGAAGAUGCCUUCACUUUUUUUAUUCAAGAUCCUCAAAAACAGGACAUUGAUAUCCAGGUGAAGGAUAAUGACCGUGUGCAGACACUGGGCAGUUUGACCAUCCCUCUCUCUCGCCUUCUUUCUUGUCCUCAGCUUAGUCUGGAUGAGUGGUUUCAGCUGAACCAGUCUGGCCCAGCCAGUCGUAUCCACAUCAGCACUGUACUUAGGGUGCUUUGGAUGAAUGAGAAUGCUGUGUCAGCCUCCCUUUCCUCAAGCAGCCUCGAUUACUCACAACCUCAACACACCACCCCUGAUCCCAGUUUUGCCACUGAGGGAGUGCUACGUAUUCAUGUAUUGGAGGGCCAGAAUUUGAUCCCCAAGGACAACAAGAUGGGGGGCAUGGUGAAAGGGAAGAGUGACCCUUAUGUUGUCAUUAAUAUUGGGGGCAGCACCUUUAAGAGUCGCGUCAUUAAGGAGAACCUUAACCCCAACUGGAACGAGAUGUAUGAGGUGGUUCUGACUGAUCUUCCUGGUCAAGAUGUAUCACUGGAGGUUUUGGAUAAAGACAUGGACAUGACGGAUGACUUCAUGGGAAGAUUGAAGAUCAAGCUGUGUGAUAUAAUCAAGUCCCAGCACAUGGAUGAGUGGUUUACUCUAAAUGAUGUCAAACGUGGACGUAUUCAUCUUGCUGUAGAGUGGCUCCCCAGAUUAAAAGAAUCUGAUAAUCUUCAACAGGUGUUGCAUUAUCAGUCUAAGUGUUCAUAUCUGAAUAAAGCUGUUCCUGCUGUGGCUCUGUUGUUUGUGUAUCUGGAGGCUGCAAAUAAUCUUCCCUUAAAGAAGAGUGGAAAGGAGCCAAAGGUUGGGGCUGAACUUGUUCUGGGAAGCCAAUCCUACAAAACCACAGUGUGUGAUCGUACUAGCUCACCCAAAUGGAAUGAGGCUUUUCAUUUUCUGGUCUACAAUCCUAACAAGGAGGACCUUAUUGUAAAGUUGUCACACUGCUGGGAUUUCUCCCUUGGUUCUGUAGUGAUUCCUGUCAGAGAUCUUCUCUCACAGUCAGAGCUGGUUCUGGAUCAGUGGCUGAAUCUGGAUGGAGCUUCACCUGAGAGUCAAAUACUUUUGAGAGCACAACUUAUGAUUCUGUGCCCAAAUGUGACGAAGAGUAUUAAAGAGGAGACAGAGACAUCUGCUAUACCCAAAACAUCCAUCAAAGAGAGCAAACCAGAGAAAGAAUCAGUUCAAACUGAGCCACUGAGGCCAGCCACCAUCUCCUCCUCUGUAAGUACUGCUAGUAAGCUGACAGAGAGGGAGAAUGAGAAAGAAAAGGAAAAAGUGAAGGAGAGUGAGAAGGCUCCAGAAGUUAUCGGUCCUGUUGAUGUUCGUCCUUUGCACACCAGCCCAGAUCCCAGCUUUAGCACUGAGGGAGUGCUGCGUAUUCACCUGCUGGAGGCUGAGAAUUUGAUUCCCAAGGACAACUUCAUGGGAAGCAUGGUGAAAGGAAAAAGCGAUCCAUAUGUUAAAAUGACUAUCGGGAGCAACACAUUUAAGAGUCAUGUAAUAAAAGAGAAUCUCAACCCCACCUGGCACGAGAUGUAUGAGCUGGUUUUGGCCCCUACGAUGGCUACAGAAGUUGUACUUGUAGAGGUGUUUGAUAAGGACAUUGAUAAAGAUGAUUUUCUGGGGAGGCUUCACAUUAACAUGAAUGAAAUCAUCCAAACUCAACACAUAGACCAGUGGUUUUCCCUGAAUGAUGUAAAACAUGGCCGCCUUCACCUGGUUCUAGAGUGGCUUCCCACAGUAACACAGCCUGACCAACUGGAACAGGCCCAGCAGUUGCAGUCUGUGUCUUUUCAAAAUAAAGCGGUGCCUUCUGCAGCUCUGCUGUUUGUCCUUAUUGAGAGAGCACAUGCACUACCAAUGGUAAAAGGUGGGAAGGAACCAAAGGCAGGAGCAGAGCUUGUUCUCGGGAACAACACUUACAAAACCAAGAUGUGUGAACGGUCUACCUCUCCUCAAUGGGGGGAGGCUUUCCAUUUCCUACUUCAAGAUCCAAAAGAAGACAUGAUAGUCAUUAAGGUUUUGAGUGGCUGGGAUCAGCCUCUAGGUUCUUUUGUUUUACCAGUGAGAGAUCUGCUUUCCCAGCCAGAGAUGCUGCUGGACCAGUGGCAAAAUCUGGAUGGAGCUUUACCUGAGAGUCAGAUUCUACUGAGAGCACAACUCAAGAUUCUGGCUUCAAAUGUGGACGGUAAACAGGUGGAAAAACCUACAGAGAAAAAACCUGUGGAAAAGUCUAUUGAUAAACCAAUAGAAAAGCUUGUUGAGAAGCCUGCAGAGAAGCCUGCUGGUGCAAGCAGCUCUGCUGGUGGGCCAGGUGCAGGGAAAGCAUCAAACAAUGCUGAACAGUUGCAGUCAGCAGCCAGUAAGGAUAUAAAACAUGAAGCCAAGCCAAAACCAAGGCUUAAUGAAUUGGUGGCUUCUACAGUCCCAAUGUCUGUCCCACAUACUGAAGACUCACACAGAGUUCCAGAAGCAGAUCCUACUCAUGACCCAAAGGAUUUGAGUAAAGCAUCGUCUGUGGGAGAAGCUACUAAGGUGACUGAACCAGUCAGAAUAAGUGACUCAGCAUCUGCAGGCAGUAAGGACCAACAUGUGGACAAGCCAUUGAAUAGUUCACAAGAAAAGGUUCAUCCAACCAUUCCUGCCGCUGAAGAAAAAACAGACAUCAAACACACAUUGCCUCAACACACAAAUCCUGACUCUGGCUUCAGCAGCCAGGGAGUGCUGCGUAUUCACCUUCUAGAGGCUCAGAAUUUGGUUGCUAUGGACAGUUUGAUGGGGGGCAUUAUGAAGGGGAAGAGUGACCCCUAUGUUAAGAUAACUGUUGGAAGCCUCACAUUUAAAAGUCAUGUGAUUAAGGAGAACCUCAACCCCACCUGGAAUGAGAUGUAUGAGAUGAUUCUGAGCCCCGAUUCCAAUCUAGAAGUGAAGUUUGAACUCUAUGACAAGGACAUUGACUCCGAUGACUUUCUUGGAAGGUUCAAAAUUAAACUUGGGGAUAUCAUUAAAUCCCAGUACAAUGACGGGUGGUUUACUCUGAAUGAUGUGAAACAUGGCCGUCUUCAUCUGGUUCUGGAGUGGCUGCCCACUGUAUCCCACUCUGACAAACUCCAACAGGUGCUGCAUAUGCAAAGUGCUCAGUGUUACCAAAAUAAAACUUCACCUUCGGCUGCACUGCUGUUCAUCCAUAUUGAAAGAGCACAUGCAUUACCUUUGAAGAAGAGUGGAAAGGAGCCUAAAGCUGGAGUUGAACUCAUACUUGAAGGAACCUCUUACAGAACUAAGAUGUGUGAUCGCAGCACUUCUCCUCAGUGGCAUGAAGCAUUCCAGUUCCUGGUUCAUGAUCCCAGCAAAGACAUGCUGGUUAUCAAGCUUUUAAGUGGGUGGGAUCAGCCUAUAGGCUCUGUGGUUCUACCACUGAAGGAGCUUCUUUCCAGACCAAAGCUUCUGCUGGACCAGUGGCUGAAUCUGGAUGGAGCUUUAGCUGAAAGUCAGAUCUUGCUGAGAGCACACCUCAAGAUCUUGGACUCUAAGAUGGCAGCACUCAUGGCACUUGGUACAGGCCCUGUACUGAGCAACAAACAGGCAGCCAUCACUGGGCAGAUCAGAAUUUCAUUGUCCUACCAGAAGAAACUUGUUGUGCUCAUUCACGCCUGCAGAGGCCUGGUGACUUCAUCCAAAGAAGGUUUAGACACCUAUGUCUCCCUGAUUCUGCUCCCUGAUAAGAACAAAGCCACAAAGAAAAAGACAGCUGUGAAAAAGAAAGACCUAAAUCCAGAGUUUAAUGAAAGGUUUGAAUACGAUAUGAGUGUGGAGGAUGUUCAGCAGCGACUUUUGAGUAUUUGUGUGAAGCACAGCUCGUCCUUCAUGAGUCGAGACAAAGACGUCAUUGGUCAGGUGGAAAUAGAUCUGAGGCAGGUUGACUUUGUCUCAGGUGUCACAGAAUGGUUUGAUCUGAAGGAAGAAAACAACUAAGCUUGUCCUUCAAAGUGGCCAUAACCUGCAAGGUUACAGCAAUGCCUUCCUGUAUUCUAUUUCCUGUUUGUGGUCCUGUUUUUUCUAUCUCUGUUUUGCUGCUAAUGUGUUUUGUAGUGUGCUUGCUAAAGAAGUAAAUCGAUAAUAGAAUCAAUAUGAU